AUGAUCGCAGCUGACUCCUCACCCAUCGUGACGGGCGCGGUGCCCGUUACAGUAAAGGGCCCUUCGUCCAACCACUCGUUCCAGGGUGGAGAAGAUACGCCUGUCGACAGCGCCGACGACCUCCUCCACAAGUUGGGGUACGAGCCGGAGCUUGUCCGCUCCCGCUCGACCCUCCAGGUCGCGUUCAUGUCGUUUGUCCUCGCCUCGAUCCCCUACGGUCUCGCGUCCUCGAUGUACUUUCCACUUCAGGGUGGUGGCCCCGCCGUCGUGAUCUGGGGCUGGGUGCUCGUCUCGCUCAUCAUCCUGUGUGUCGCCGCAUCACUUGGCGAGAUCACGUCCGUCUUCCCCACAGCUGGUGGCGUGUACUACCAGACCUUUAUGCUCGCACCAGCAAGGUUCCGCCGCAUCGCCGCCUAUCUCUGCGGCUGGGCUUACGUCGUGGGUAACAUCACCAUCACGCUCGCCGUGCAGUUUGGCACGACCCUCUUCCUUGUCGCCUGCAUCAACGUCUUCGAGGUUGAGCCCGGAGUCGGCAUCUGGGAGCCCGAGACGUACGAGGUCUACCUUCUUUUCGUGGGCGUUACCCUCCUCUGCGGCCUUAUCACCAUCUUCGGCAAUCGUUGGCUGCCGAUUCUCGACACCUUUGCCAUCAUCUGGACCUUUGUCGGCCUCAUCUGCAUCCUCGUGACCGUCCUUGCUGUCGCCAAGGCCGGGCGCCGUAGCGGCGCCUUCGUGUUCGGCGGGUUCGAGCCCGAGGUCACACAGUCCGGCUGGCCCGCUGGCUGGUCGUUCAUGGUCGGCCUCCUCCACGCCGCCUACGCCACCUCCUCCACCGGCAUGAUCAUCUCGAUGUGCGAGGAGGUCCAGUCCCCCGCCACGCAGGUCCCCAAGGCCAUGGUCGCUACCAUCUGCAUCAACCUCGUUGGUGGCCUUCUCUUCCUCGUUCCCCUCAUGUUCGUUCUUCCCGACCUUGCCAUGCUCGUUUCCAUCCCUUCUGGCCAGCCCACGCCGACCAUCAUCAAGUCGGCCGUCGGCUCGAGCAUCGGCGCUAUUCUGCUUCUUCUUCCUCUUCUCGUCCUCGCGCUCCUCUGCGGCACGGCCUGCACCACCGCCGCCUCGCGCUGCACCUGGGCCUUUGCUCGUGACGGUGCCAUCCCCGGUUCCAAGUACUGGAAGACUGUUAACCGCAAGCUCGACGUCCCCCUCAACAGUGUCUUCCUCGUCCUUGUCGUCCAGAUCCUCCUCGGCCUCAUCUACUUUGGCUCCGCAACCGCCUUCAACGCCUUCUCGGGUGUUGGUGUUAUUUCUCUUACCAUCUCGUACGCCGCGCCCAUCCUCGUCUCGGUCAUCGAGGGCAGAGCCCAGGUGACCAAGCACGGCAAGUUCAAGCUCGGCAAGGGUCUCGGCUGGUUCUGCAACAUUGUCGCCCUUUGCUGGUCCGCCCUCGCCGUUCCCCUCUUCUGCAUGCCCGCUUUCAUCCCCGUCACCCCCCAGUCGGUCAACUACGCGCCGGUCGUCUUCGUUGCGUUCACCGCCAUGAGCGCCAUCUGGUACUGGGUCUGGGGCCGCAAGAACUAUGAGGGUCCCCCCAAGGACGACCUCGAGGAGUCGCUUGGCCCCUCGCUCCCCCACACCGAGGCACUUGCCGCCGGCGUUGCCAAGAAGGACUACUAA